AUGCAAUCUUCGUUGCUUCUCCGCGCGAGGGUAGCUAAAACCCCCAUCUCUGCGGUCUUGUCGCGAACGAGAACCUGCUCAUAUGCCACCUUCAAAGUCCCUCGCAUUGACAAUGAACCCAACAAACACUACGCCCCUGGAUCUCCCGACAGGAAGGGUCUCGAAGAUGCCCUUGCUAGAAUACAGCAGACUUCGCCCCUCAGCAUCCCACUCGUUAUUGCAGGAAAGGAAAUCAAAGCUUCUCAGUCGUUGACACAAUCAAACCCUGCCUCCCACGCCCCCGUGGCUACUUACUCCAACGCUACCGCUGCAGAUGUCCAGGCUGCCAUUGGGUCCGCCCUUGAAGCCCGGAAAUCGUGGGCUUCUACCUCUUUCGCAGAUCGCGCCAGCAUCUUCCUGAAGGCGGCUGACCUGAUUGCGACAAAGUACCGUUAUGACAUCAUGGCCCUGACGAUGCAUGGCCAGGGUAAGAAUGCCUGGCAGGCAGAAAUCGACUCCGCGGCUGAGCUGUGCGACUUUUUCCGUUUUGGAGUCAAGUAUGCAGAGGAGCUCUAUGCUCAGCAGCCAGUGCACAAUGCGCCUGGUGUUUGGAAUCGCGUUGAAUACCGCCCAUUGGAGGGAUUCGUCUACGCUAUUAGUCCUUUCAACUUUACUGCAAUUGGAGGUAAUCUGGCUGGUGCUCCUGCACUGAUGGGGAACGUGGUCGUCUGGAAGCCUUCUCCAUCCGCCAUCGCUUCUAACUGGCUGGUUCACCAAAUCCUCUUGGAGGCUGGUUUACCCAAGAAUGUUAUCCAAUUUGUUCCUGGAGAGGCGGAGGAGGUUACCAAGACCGUCCUCGAUCACCCUGAAUUUGCCGCCCUCCACUUCACCGGCAGCACUGGUGUGUUCCGCAGUCUGUAUGGCCAGAUCGCUACCGGUGUUGCGGCCGGCAAGUAUCGCAGCUAUCCUCGCAUCGUUGGAGAGACUGGUGGCAAGAACUUCCAUCUCGUCCAUAAGUCGGCCGAUAUUCGCAACGCUGCCGUCCAGACAGUCCGUGGCGCCUUCGAAUUCCAGGGUCAGAAGUGCAGUGCCACGUCCCGCGUAUAUGUGGCCGCCUCUAUCGCCGAUCAAUUCGUGGAGCAGGUUGUGGCAGAAACUAGGAGCCUGAAAGUUGGUGCUCCUACCGACUUCACCAACUUCUGCGGCCCUGUCAUCCACGAAGCCUCCUUCAACAAGCUGAGCCAGGUCAUUGAGGACGCUAAGAAGGACCCCGAGCUCGAGCUCCUGGCCGGAGGCACCUACGACUCCUCCCAGGGAUGGUACAUCCAGCCCACGGUUUAUCGCACCUCCAAUCCCGACCAUCUUCUUCUUUCUCGAGAACUCUUCGGCCCCAUUCUUGUCAUCCACAGCUACAACGAUGCCACCGACGCUGAUUUUUCCGCCAUCUGCGAGAAGAUCGACUCUACAGGCGAAUACGGCCUGACGGGCUCAGUUUUCGCCCAAGACCGGGAAGCCCUCAGAUUCGCCGAUGAUGCCCUCCGCAACACAGCCGGUAACUUCUACAUCAACUGCAAGAGCACUGGAGCUGUUGUCGGACAGCAGCCCUUCGGCGGUGCGCGCGCCAGUGGCACAAACGAUAAAGCUGGCAGCGGAAACCUUCUCUCUCGCUUCGUCAGCUUGCGCUCGAUCAAGGAGGAGUUCUUGCCAACCCCCAAGGUCGUCUAUCCUAGCAAUGAAUAG